CCCUAAAAAAAAGAAAGCCUCAUACCAAAGUUUUAAGAAAGAAAAAAAAAUCUUCGCCGCUCUUUUUGGCUCUUCUCCUUCCCUCUGCAUCGCGCCGCCUUCUCCCUUUCUCAAACUCGCUCAGAUGUCAGUAAUGGAUCAACAAUCAGGGAUGUUCAAGGUUCAACAAACCAUAGGAAGCGUUCUGUGUUGCAAGUGUGGUGUUCCCAUGCCACCAAACGCAGCAAACAUGUGUGUAAACUGUCUCCGUUCAGAAGUCGACAUCACCGAAGGUUUGCAGAAAAGCAUCCAAAUCUUCUACUGCCCUGAGUGCGGUUGCUACUUGCAGCCACCAAAAACAUGGAUCAAAGCUCAAUGGGAAUCGAAAGAGCUCUUGACUUUCUGCAUCAAGAGGCUCAAGAAUCUCAACAAAGUGAAGCUGAAGAACGCUGAGUUCGUCUGGACCGAGCCUCACUCCAAGAGGAUCAAAGUGAAGCUGACUGUUCAAGCCGAGGUUCUUAACGGAGCUGUGCUUGAGCAGUCUUACCCUGUUGAGUACACUGUGAGAGACAAUCUUUGUGAGUCUUGCUCGAGGUUUCAGGCUAACCCUGAUCAGUGGGUUGCGUCUGUGCAGCUUAGGCAGCAUGUAUCUCACAGGAGGACUUUCUUUUACCUUGAACAGUUGAUUCUUAGGCAUGAUGCAGCUUCACGAGCCAUCAGGAUUCAGCAGGUUGAUCAAGGGAUUGAUUUCUUCUUUGGGAAUAAGAGUCAUGCUAAUAGCUUUGUGGAGUUUCUACGGAAAGUUGUCCCGAUUGAGUAUCGUCAGGACCAGCAGCUUGUGUCUCAUGAUGUCAAGAGCAGCUUGUACAACUACAAGUACACUUACUCUGUUAAAAUCUGUCCCAUUUGCCGUGAGGAUCUUGUUUGCUUGCCUCAGAAAGUUGCUAGCGGUUUAGGAAACCUUGGUCCGCUUGUGGUGUGCACGAAAGUAUCUGAUAACAUCACUCUGCUUGAUCCUAGAACCUUAAGGUGUGCGUUCUUGGACGCGAGGCAGUACUGGAGAUCAGGGUUUCGAUCCGCGUUAACAAGUAGACAGCUCGUGAAGUACUUUGUGUUUGAUGUGGAACCACCUGUUGGUGAAGCUACUGUCGGCGGACAAAAGUAUGCUCUAUCUUAUGUCCAAAUCGCACGUGAAUCAGACAUUGGUAAGAUGUUUUAUGUCCAAACUCAUCUAGGACACAUUCUUAAGCCAGGUGAUCAAGCUCUAGGCUAUGACAUUUACGGAGCAAAUGUGAACGACAAUGAAAUGGAGAAAUACCGUCUGAGUGUGAAGAAUGGUCUUCCUGAAGCGAUUCUGAUCAAGAAAUGCUACGACGAGCAUAGAGAGAGGAAGCAGAAGAAAACACGUUCGUGGAAGGUUAAGAAGCUUCCGAUGGAAGUGGAUGAUUCAAGAGGCAGGGUUGAUCCAGAGAAGAAUGAGAAGGAGUAUGAAGAGUUUUUGAGGGAUCUUGAAGAGAACCCUGAGUUAAGGUUCAACAUUUCCUUGUACAGGAACAAGGAUUAUCAAGAGUCCGAGACUGCUUCGAUGACUGAUGGAGAAGGCGCACCUUCUGUGCCUAUCGAAGAGUUGCUUGCUGAGCUUGACCUCAGUGCUGAGGAAGAAGAAGACGACGAUGAAGAGGACAUGGCUGAGUGAUUUGCGUUCAAUUCGACACUCGAGGUUUGAUCACAAAAGGUUUUGGCAUGGUUCUGCUGUUUUGUCUCACUUGCCCUUUAGUUUUGUCCAAGUUUUUGUUUUUGUUGUAAGCUCGAACAGUUUCUGUUAUAGGUACUAUAAUGUCUGAAAAUUUUCUGGAUAUUAUACUCUGUUUGAAAUUUUGAUUUUGAAUGUGUAGUAAUACGUUUGGUGAUU